AUGUCGUUGCCAAUUCUCUAUUCUUCUUGGAAGUCUUCAUGUGCUUGGCGAGUUCGGAUUGGUAGGCAAGAGCACAUUUCUCAAUUAAAAUAGUCCUUCAGCACUUGCUCUCAAGGACAUUGAGUACGAGUAUCGACCGGUUGAUUUGAAUUCCGAAGAAUCAAAAGUAUGUUCCUUCUUGAUUUUGCGUGCAUCGGAAAAAAAAACAUUUCCAGAACAAUCCAGAGUUUGUGAAGCAUAAUCCAGCUCGGAAAGUGCCAACACUCGUUAUAAAUGGACUAUCCCUAACUGAAAGUUUGGCUAUAAUCGAGUACUUGGACGAAGCCUACCCGGAGCCGCCGUUUCUCCCCAAAGAGCUUGAGAAGAGAGCUCGAGCAAGAGCGGUUUCCCUUCAUGUAAGUGACCCCCUCAUUCUGAACGAUAUAUCUCAGCUGUCGGUAAGAAUAUCAAAAAGUUUUCAACAGACAAGUUGUUCACCAAGAAAUUAUGCACAUUUUCUUCGUUGACAACUUUUUUAUAUCUCUAAAGGCAGCAGAGAUAUAUCGCGUGCAUUGAAUGCAUACAUUCUCUUCUCAGAUCGUUUCUGGAAUCCACCCACUCCAAUCGCUCGGCGUCAAUCGAAUGCUCAACGAGAAAGAGCCGGGACUCGGAGAUGAGUGGGUGUGUCACUUCAUAACUAAAGGCUUCAAAGCGCUCGAGGAACUUCUGAAGAGACAUUCGGGAAAGUUUUGCGUCGGCGAUCAGCUGACCAUCGCCGAUCUCAUGCUUCCGUCGAUCAUUUACAAUGCGAAGAAGUAUUGUUGAUCCAUUUAGCAACGGAUCCGUGAACUUGUCUUUCAGCUACAAAAUCGACAUGUCUCCGUAUUCGAUCAUGAACACAAUCGAUGCGACGCUGGCCGAGAUUCCAGAGUUUCGAGUGGCCCAUGCUGAUGUGCAGCCGGAUGCUCUAAAGAAUUGA